AUCAAAAACCCAGAUACCCAAUUAUUCUGAAAAGCAAACGAAUUCGAGAACAUGGCGGAAAACGGCCCAUCGUCGUCCCCAAACCCCCUCCAACCCAGCAUUGACCCAGCAGCAGCAGUAGCAUCACCCUCAAACGUUAUGAUCACCCAAAACCCAGCAAACUCUUCCGCAAACCCAGCAAUCCCAUCCUCUUCAACUCUCUCCCAGUCUCCACAAAUCGCAUCCCCACCUCUCCCUUCCCUGUCCAACGUCUCGCUUCCUCAAACCCAGCACAUUUCGCCCCCCGUCGGAUUGGAUUACGCGCAGAAAUCGACCCAGCAGCAGCAACAGCUGCAACAGCAAUCUCAAUCAUUGGUGCAACAAUCCCAGAACGUGAAUGUGAAUUCCAUGCCGAAUUACCAGCUCCAGCAGAGUAUGCAGAGUAUGCAGAGGACGCCGUCGAUGUCCCGAAUGAACCAGCUUCAGCAGAUGAGCCAGAACCCGCAGCAGCAACAGCAGCAUUUCGGUAUGAUGAGGCACCAAGGGGGUUUGUAUGGGCAGUUGAAUUUUGGUGGCUCUGGUGCUAUCCAACAGCAGAAUCAGCAGCAGCAACAGCAAAACCAGGCACAGCAGACUCAGCAACUUGGCGGUGGGAACUUGUCGCGAUCAGCCUUGAUCGGGCAGAGUGGCCACCUGCCCAUGUUGUCUGGCCCUGCUGCUAUUGCAGCUGCGCAAUUGAAUCUGCAGCCGCAGUUGUUGGCCUCGCCGAGACAAAAAGGCAGCCUGGUCCAAGGUUCCCAAUUUCAUCACAGUAAUUCUCCUGGGCAAUCUUUACAAGGAACACAGGCAAUGGGGGUGAUGGGAUCCAUCAAUUUGAGCUCGCAACUAAGAGCUAAUGGGGCCAUUGCUUCUUUUGCUCAACAGAGAAUAAAUCAGGGGCAGGGCCAACUUAGGCAACAGUUGGCCCAACAAAGUUCGCUCACCUCUGCACAGGUUCAGAGCUUGCCAAGAACAUCUUCACUUGCUUUUAUGAACCCUCAGUUAUCUGGUGUGUCUCAGAAUGGACAGCCAGCAAUGAUGCAGAAUUCUUUAUCACAACAGUGGUUGAAGCAAAUGCCAGCAAUUCCUGGCCCUGGUUCACCUUCACCUUCAUCUUCGUUGCGUCUUCAACAACAUAGGCAGCAGGUUCUCUAUCAGCAGCAACUGGCUUCUAAUCAGUUGCAAAAGUCUAUGCCCUUUAUCCCUCAACAGUUAAACCAGCUUGUACAGCAGCAGCAACAAAUGGGACAUCCACAGCUGCAGCAGCAGCCGCAUCAACAGCAACAGCAACUUCAGCAGCAACCACUACAACAACAAUCGCAGCAGCAACAGCUGAGUUCCCCAAGGAUGGCUGUACCCGCAGGCCAGAAAUCUCUUAGUUUAACAGGAUCACACCCUGAUGCUACUGCAUCUGGUACUACCACACCUGGAGGGAGUUCAAGCCAAGGAACAGAAGCAACUAACCAACUUCUCGGGAAGAGAAAGAUACAAGAUUUAGUCUCACAGGUUGAUUCACAAGGCAGGCUGGAUCCUGAAGUUGAAGAUCUUCUCUUGGAGAUUGCUGAUGACUUCAUUGAUUCUGUGACAACAUAUGCAUGCAAUUUGGCAAAGCAUAGAAAAUCUUCAACUUUAGAGUCCAAGGAUGUGUUGCUACAUCUAGAGAAAAAUUGGCAUCUGACAAUUCCCGGGUUUUCAAGUGAGGAGAGGAAGUGCCAAAACAAAUCUUUGUCAAGUGAUCUCCAUAAGAAGCGUUUGGAUGUGAUACGGACGCUGAUGGAAUCGUCGAACCUGGAAACAAAUCCCAAUACUCCUAAAGAGAUGAUCAGGGGGUUUGGCAAUCCAGUUGGUACCAACCACUUGAUUAGACCAUCUCUUGGUGCAGAACAGUUGGUUUCACAAUCAACUGGUUCUCAAACGCUGCAGCAAAUGACUCGGUUUUAAUAGAUAUCAGCUAUCAGCGAUUAUUAUGUCCGUGCUGAAUUUAGUUGUUACAUACGUUGGUUUGGUUAGUGAAAGCAGGAGCGUGUCCGGGUCGAUAGAAGCACAAAUCUGUAGUUGCUUGCUAAGAAAUGACAAUUAGAUGACUGUAGUUGAACUUGACGAAUUAUCGAUUUAUAGGCGCAUAAGUCGUGAGGCCAACUCGCAGCAUACCAGAGUUGGGUUGGGAUUUGUUUUUCUUUUCUUUAAAUUUUUUCGCUUGGAUUUUAUUUGUAUGGUAAUAAUUGAACAACUAGUUCGCUUUGUGUACUAAUUUAUUUGAUUUCUUGGGUGAACUUGUACACUAA